AACCUCCUUACAUUUCUCUUGCCGUUAUGCCAACGCCUGUAAACAUGGCGGCGAGCGCAGCUAGACUCAAUCUUGUUCCAAAUCGAAACCUCCUUGAUGCGAAAUUUGAGAGCUAUCGUCUGACACUCGAGCCACUGCCUAUCAUAAGACAAGCAUUUCAAGGAGGCGUUCAAAAAGUUCACCUGGAAGAUGAUCAGUACGGCUACCUUCAUGUUCAGAUGGCUGGAUUUAUUAACGCACUUGUCCAAGAUCCAUGGGAUGCCAACACUCUGUUUUUUAUGUCCGAAGCGCACCACGUCAUGUGGGCACAUUUCUCCCAAGAGAGUCACCUUCUAGAACCAAAAGUUGUUUGGAAGAUUCCCGAGCCAAGUGGUACUUGUCGAGCUUGUACCUUGGACUUUCCUCAUGCUGAGUGGUGCCUCAUUUCUGAUGGUCAGGGUACCAUGUAUGUUCUCAACUCUCCUAGCCGGCCACAGGGAGAACCUUGGCAGCUAUGUUACACACACCGCUUGGAGUGGAGUCAGCCUGGCACCAUACUCUUGACAAGUGCUCACAGCAACUUUCCCAGCAGCCAGCAGAUGGAGUGCCUUCUGGCAUACGUUAGCCGGCCACAAGACGUUCAUGGUAGCGUCAGCAUUCCCGAAAGCACUGUGCACUUUGUAUGCGUCCUUGAAUGGCUGACAUUUACUUGCUUAUCCAAUUGCGAAGGUGGCUCGUGGAGUCUCAGGCGGCAUCGACGACUUGUGGGUGCUUCUAUUCCCUUGUAUGUGGCAUUUGAUACCCAUGGAAACUCGUUGUGCAUGGCUUCAGAAAAGGACUUCAGUUUUGUCUUUGAUUCAUGCAAAGCUGAAGUGGGCCAUGAGGUGGAAGAGACUAAAGGUGGCAAAUCACAAGAGCCACCACUUUACUCCUUUAUUCAAACUGCAGAAGAGAUCACAGUUGUUUUCCGGCUGCAUGAGGCCGCUACCAAGAAAGACAUUGAGGUUAGCCUUCAAGUUAAAGGCAUUGAAAUCCUUAUUGAGGGCAAGACAGUUUUGAAAGGAGAUUUUCCUCAUGCAGUAGUCAAAGAUGGAAGCACGUGGAUUAUACUGGACCAAAAGCUUGAAAUUCAUCUUGUGAAAGCCAAGCAUGGAGAAGUUUGGCGUGAAGUGGUUGUAGGUGAUGCAAGAGGUGAAGAGGUCUUUGAUCCUGCUUUUGUUGAAGAAAUUCAUGCCCGCCUUGCGCACCUCACUUCAGACACAGAGGCUCUGGGAUCAGAUAAACCGAGUUUCAACUACCAUGAACUGGAUGAAUGUGAUGCCACGACGGAGUACUUUACAUUCACAAGACUCUGCGGUGACUCCCACCGAGCGACACAUCAGAUUAAUCUCAGUGGACACCAGUGGCUAUUCAGUGUACGUUCUUCUGCGGACAAUAUGCCAGCCCUUUGUCUUCGACACGAUGUCGAUGGCCUUGUUUGGCAACCCCGCAAUGUGAUGGCGGAUGGUGACACAGACUCAUUUCGUGUGGAGCACGUGGCCACUUUCAACGCCUUUGGAUAUGUGCAGGCAUCAAAGCAGGACCGCAAGUUCGUGACGGCGUCUCCUGACUUCAGCUUUGUGGCCCUGUGCAAUGCUGUGCGUCACGUGUACCUGUACCGACAGCCUGAAACACUUGGAAGCAGUCAGGAGCUGCGAAACCGCAAGACAGGACGAGAGGUAUCCAGUAUAGCUAAGCAACACGUCAUCAGCCUGGAGCAGUGUGAUAACAUUCUGGGCAUGGUGGCUAAUCGACGCUGCAUCUUUAUACUGAGCCCAGGGGCCUUGUAUGCUGUCAAGGUGCCUUCUUAGUCAUUGUCAUUCUUUGUCAUGCUUCAUUGUUCACUGAAAAAAUACAAUCAUAUGACAUUGCUCUCUUUA